AUGAAAGUACUUUUGCUGGGAGUUACGGGAAACGUUGGAUCUCGGAUGCUUCCCGCUCUCCUUGCUCGAAACCACCAAGUCGUUGCGUACGUCCGGACACCUUCCAAGAUCCCUUCUGAAGCAAAGUCCAAAAUCGAUUCUAUUGUCACCGGUUCGGCUACCGACAGCGAAGCCAUCAAAGCUGCAAUCACCUCUCACAGCUGUGACGCAAUCGUCAAUGCAGCCGGUGUGGCUCCUAUGACUAGGUUCCAUUCCCAAGGAGAUUUCUCGACCAUUUUUGCAGCUGUCGUAAAGGCGGCUGCUCUAGAAGCUGGACGUGAACGUGGAGGGGCGCCUAUCCGAUGUUGGCUCAUGAGUGGCUUUGGCAUACUAGAUAGUCCCAAGAAACCGUAUAUGAUGGCCGACUAGUAAGCAUCCCUGACUCUUGCUGUAGAUUUAUUGGCAUCUGAUACAAUUCUCCUCAGCAUACCGAUGUUCCCAGCACACAAGCCGAAUUAUAUGUUGAUCAAAUCACACCCCGUUGAAGAGCUGGCCUGGUCACUCUUCUGCGCUACCCAGAUGUUUCCUAGAUACGACACGCCCCGAUAUCCUGCUGAUACAGACGCGGCCAGUAAUCUUGUAGCGAAAUCUGACGCCCCACCGGCUUGGACUGAGAGAUUCCGAUGCGUGCCGCUGAUUGGAAAUUAUUUGAAUGUUAUGGCGCAGUCACAGAGCUGUUUUUCUGUGCUGGAGAAUUGUGUGGAUUUUAUGGCUGCGGAUUUGGAGAUGGGACUUCGAAGCGAGUGGGUUGGGAAAAGGGUGGGUGUUAUGGAGAAGAGUAAGGUUAAAGCCGUGUAG